CCGAGGCCGAGUUCGCGUGCGGAACGACACUUGGGCUCUAUUCGCUCGCUCGCUCGCCCUCCAGCGGACCAUAAUAAUCGCUGACGUUGACAUCCUGCAUCCUGACCUUUUUUUUCCCUCUCCCUCUCCCCCAUUGGCGUUGCCCUGAACCAUGUGUUCUCAUCCCGCCGCGGGCGUCUCUCUUUGGGUUCAUCCGCCGUCCUCUUUCGUUUUUUGCCGCACUCGCCCGUUUCUCUCCUUCUUCCCAUAGCUGCAACCCUAUGUACCUGGCAUAUCGCCCGUGCGCAUGGCGAUCUAAGUCGCCCCUGUGUCGCCUCAAGGUUGGGGAAGCGGCUGGCUUGGUUCAAGAACCCACCAGUUGAACAUCGGCGCCAUGGGGUCGCCAACAUCGACCAAGGCGGAGAUGGCGAUAUACGCCCGCCAGGUCGGGACGCUCAUGGCCAAGAACUUCCGGACCUUGCUCCUCCGGCACCUGCUCCUCGUCAUCUGCAUGGCGUUCCUGCUGCCCAUCCUGCUGGCCUCGUUCUUCAGCUUCGCCAAAAACUUGUUUGUCCCGCCGGCCAAGUUUGGCAUUGGCACGGCGCACGACGUCCGCAGCCUCGCGGAAGCCUUCGACACGGCCAAGGGAAGCAGCAGGACCAAGGUCGUCUUGAUCAGCAACGGCCAUCAGGGCGGCUCCAUCGAGACGGUCCUCGACUCGGUCGCACGAGAGACGACAGACUAUGGCGCCCCCAUGACGGUGGUCAGGCUGGCCGACGAGAGCUCGCUCUCCAACGAGUGCCGAAGCUCCCUGCGCGGCGUGACAAACUGCUAUUGCGCGCUCGUCAUGCGCUCGUCGCCAAACGAAGGAAGCGGCGGCAUCUGGAACUAUACCAUCCGUACCGACGCCGCCAUGUGGGAGAGCCCUGUCAAAAUCAACGUGGACAGCACCACCAACAUGGAAGAAAUCUAUCUGCUGCCCAUGCAGCGGGCCGUCGACACCAUCAUCGCCCGCCUCAACGGUUCCAAUACCAACAACGCCUUGGCCCGCACCCGCGAGCUCCCCUUCACCAGCCAGACGCAAGAGCAGCGGGACCGCAAAGUUCGCGAGAUCUUUCACAACGCCAUCGUCAACUUCAUGGGCGUGUCCUUUAUCUCUUCUGUCAUCUGGAUCACGUACCACGUCACAGGCUUGAUUGCCACGGAGCGUGAGAGCGGCAUGUCGCAACUCAUCGACGCCAUGAUGCCCGUCACUCGCGCCUGGAUGGCGCCGGUUGCUCGCAUCAUCUCACACCACCUGUCCUUCUCCGUGAUCUACGCCCCGGCCUGGAUCAUCGGCUCCAUCAUCCUCCGAGUAGGCGUCUUUGUCAACACCAGCGUCGGCAUUGUUCUCGUGUUUCACGUUCUGGCGGGCCUGGCCUUUGCCUCGUUUUCCAUCUUCAUCGCCACCUUCUUCCGCAAGGCACAGCUCAGCAGCAUCACCGCCAUUCUCACAACCCUCUUGCUGGGGAUCCUGGCGCAGUCGCUCACCCAGCCCAAGACGGGUCCCGUUGCGGCCCUCUCCGUCCUGUUCCCGCCGUGCAACUAUGUCUACUUUAUCACGCUCAUGGCCCGCUUUGAAAAGCAGAACCGGGCUGCGAGCCUACUCGAGCUGCCACCCCGCAGCCCGUGGUCGAUUCCUGGUAUCGUGUUCUGGGUGCUCAUGGCCAUGCAAAUCGUCGUCUACCUUUUCCUGGCCAUGUAUAACGAAAAGCGCUUCUACGGCACAUCUGUCAAAGGUCGACACGUCCACAUGAGCCACGAAGAACCCGGCAGCCUAGGCGAGAAUUCAGUCGAGUUGGACGGUUUGACAAAGGUGUACGAGCCCAGCGCCUUGUCCAAGCUGCGCUCCAAGUUCCGCAAGACUGGCGCCGAACCAGUCGUGGCGGUCAAUGGGCUCAGCUUCAAAGUGGGCAGGGGCCAGAUCGUCGCCCUUCUCGGCGCCAACGGGAGUGGUAAGAGUACCACACUCGAUGCCAUUGCCGGCCUGCAUCGCCUGACGAGUGGCAGUAUCAAGAUAGACGGUACCGGUGGCUUGGGUAUUGCUCCGCAGAAAAACGUACUAUGGGAUGAAUUGAAUGUGGAAGAACAUCUGGUCAUCUUUAACCGUCUCAAAGCUCCAUCGAAUCGGGCCUCCAAAGAGGAAAUCACAGAACUGAUCCGGGCGAUCGACCUCUCACAGAAGCGACAUUCUCUGGCAAAGACGCUAUCUGGGGGCCAGAAGCGCAAGCUCCAGCUCGGCAUGAUGCUGACCGGAGGCAGUGCGGUGUGUUGUGUGGAUGAAGUGAGCAGCGGCCUAGAUCCGUUGUCCCGGCGAAAGAUUUGGGACAUUCUCUUGGCCGAGCGAGGCAAGAGAACCCUCAUUCUAACCACGCACUUCUUGGACGAAGCCGACCUGUUGGCAGACCACAUUGCCAUCUUGUCCAAAGGCACGCUACGUGCCGAAGGCUCCUCCGUCGAGCUCAAGGACAGGCUCGGCGGCGGUUACCGGGUCCACGUCAACAAGAGCGCUGCCGGCAACGCGGCUCCCGACAUUGACCAGGUCAAGAAGACAAGUGCCUUUGACCUCACGACGUAUGUCGCGUCCAACUCGACCUUGGCCGCAGACGUCAUCAGGAAGCUGGAGGCGGCAGGCAUAAACGACUACCGUUUCUCGGGACCGACCAUCGAAGACGUCUUCCUGCAACUGGCGGAAGAAAUCAAGGACGUAAAGGCUUUCCAAGCCGUCGAAACCACCGCAUCAAAGACGCAGGUCACCGAGAAGCUCCACGAGCAUGAGACAUCAUCCCAGACGAGCGGCGACCGGGGCCUGAAGUUGGUCGACGGCAAGCGAGUGGGCUACGCGCGCCAGGUGGGCAUCUUGUUCAGGAAGCGAAUCACCGUCUUCAAGAAGAACUACAUCCUCUACCUCAUUGCCUUCCUGUUGCCCAUCAUCGCGGCCAGUCUCACCUCGCUCUAUGUGCGCGGCAAGGAGCCGACGGGCUGUUCCGCGUCGGAGCAGUCCUCCUCCUGGGGUACCGAGGACGCCUUCAGCCAGAUCAAGGACAACAGGAGUGUUGCCUUCCUUGCCGGUCCGCCGUCGAGGCUCAACCCGGCCACCGUGCGCAGCCUCUUCUCGCCCAUCUUCGCCGGAUCAGGGGGCGCGGCAAGCCGUGCCAUUGGCGGCGCCGCGCUCAACAACCUCCAUCUCGUCAAUACGUAUGACGAGUUCACGCAGUACAUUGCGAGACACCGCGCCAACAUCACCACGGGGCUGUGGCUGGGAGAUGACGUCGAGCCGCCGACGGUUGGCUGGGUCGCGAACCUGUUUGUCACCAGCUCGUUGACUGCUCAGCAGUUCCUCGACAUGCUCCUUGCCAACACCACGAUCGCGACGACCUGGUCGCCCUUUGACAUUCCCUUCAACCCGGGAAUCGGCGACGCCCUGAACCUGGCCAUCUACAUGGGCAUCGCUUUCGCCUGUUAUCCCGCCUUCUUUGGUCUGUACCCCAGCACCGAGCGGAGGAGAUUUGUCCGGGCGCUGCAGUACUCGAACGGCGUGCGUCCGUUCCCGCUAUGGGCGGCGUACCUGAUAUUUGACUUUUCACUCGUCUUGGCUGCCUCUGCCAUCGUGACCGGGCUCUGGUCUGGUCUUUCGGAUAUAUGGUUUCAUCUCGAGUACAUUUUCAUCGUUUUCUUCCUCUACGGGCUCGCCUCAACGUUGCUCGCUUACUUUGUCUCUUUAUUUACGAAGACGCAACUCGCGACCUUUGCGUGGGCCGCCGCCUAUCAAGUGGUCAUCUUCCUCGCAUACCUCAUCUCAUACAUCUGCGUCAUCACCUACGUCCCGGUCAACAAGAUUGACACCUCGCUUCUCGUGUGCCACUUCGUCGUCUCCGCCUUUGCGCCCAUUGGGUCUGCCAUGAGAGCCCUCUUCAUAUCCACGAACCUCUUCGCCACGGCUUGCGACGGGCAGCAGCUCUCGCAGAAGCCUACGAGCUUCGUCAUGUACGGCGGCCCAAUCACCUACCUGGUCGUCCAAUGCAUAGUCCUGUUCGGCCUGGUUCUUUGGAUAGAUGGCGGGUCUGUCGGCUCGAUGCUCCGCGGCGUGCUGGAACGCAGGGGACGACGACGUGCCGAGGCGGCGCGAGACGGCUGCGAGGACGAGAUGGCAAUUGAGUUGACCCGGGUCACCAGCGGCGGCGGCGGCAACCAUGAAGACGGCCUCAGGGUGAUGCAUCUCACCAAGUCGUUCGGCAAGAAUACCGCUGUCGACAACGUCACCUUUGGCGUCAAGCGCGGCGAGGUCUUUGCCUUGCUCGGUCCCAAUGGCGCCGGCAAGUCCACGACCAUUUCUCUCAUCCGGGGAGACCUCAAGCCGAGCCACAACGGAGGCGACGUCUACGUGGAAGACCAGUCCGUGACGGAGAACCUCGCCGCCGCGAGGACUCAUCUCGGCGUUUGUCCACAAAUUGAUGCUCUCGAUCAGAUGACCGUGCGGGAGCAUUUAGAAUUCUACGCUCGGGUUCGCGGCGUCGCAGACAUCCAGCACAACGUAUCCGCCGUUCUCCGCGCCGUUGGCCUCGAGGCGUUCGAGUCGCGGAUGGGACAUGCGCUCUCGGGCGGAAACAAGCGGAAGCUGAGUCUGGGCAUCGCUCUGAUGGGCAAUCCCACCGUCGUUCUCCUCGACGAGCCAUCUUCGGGACUCGACGCAGCGUCCAAGCGUAUCAUGUGGAGGACUCUCGCCGCCACGGUGCAUGGCCGCUCGAUCCUCCUGACGACUCACAGCAUGGAGGAGGCGGAUGCGUUGGCCGGCCGAGCGGGCAUCCUAGCACGCCGGAUGCUCGCCCUGGGCACCCCAGAUGAUCUCCGACACAGGUUCGGCGAUGCGCUACAUGUCCACCUCGUGUCCGCUUCCGCGCCGCGGACGUCCGACGCCGAAGUGAAUCGCAUCACCGCUUGGAUAAAGCGCACGCUCCCCUCCGCCUCCCUCGACACAAAGACUUACCACGGACAGAUGCGCUUCUCCGUGUCCGCCAAGGACGUCGCCGCCGCCUCCGCCGCCGCAUCGCCUUGGCAACCGCGAUCCUCGAGGGCAAACCCCAGCAGGCGCUACGGUACGAUAGAUCCCCUGAAUAGCAUCAAGGCCGGCCACAGCCAGCAGCAGGGCAGUGCCAUUGGCCGGCUCGUUGUCCUUCUCGAAGAGCACAAGGCGCGCCUGGGCGUGCGGCACUACAGCGUGAGCUCGACCACGCUGGACCAGGUCUUCCUGACCAUUGUGGGGAGACACAACGUCCGCGAAGAGAACUACGAGGAGAAGAAGAAGAAGAGGGGCGUGUGGUCCAGAGUCUGGAACUUUGGGAGGUCUUGAAGAGAUGUGAGCGACGAUCGAUCCUGACGACGGGGACGCUGCCCACGAUGCCAUCAGGUGUCCCCGCCGUCUGGUGGUACCACCUAAAUGCGUUCUGAUAUAUACCCCCGUUUUGAGUGGUUCUUUGAUAUAGCGAGAUACGUUUUGCCUUUCUGUCAUGUACAUACAAUUACGCGCUGUAUAUAGUACGUUACCAACUAUGUAUCUUCAUGCUGCUUCAGGGAUGCUGCCUCCCCAAU